AGAACCUUCCAGUAUGGCUAGGUGGUUUAUUUAAUCCUGAAGCAUACAUCACAGCGACAAGACAAUGUGUAGCACAAGCUAAUAGUUGGUCCUUGGAAGAACUUCAACUUAAUGUAUCAAUAUGUAACAACGAUGUUUCACCUUCAGACAGUUGCUCCUUCGCCGUGACGGGUUUAAAGUUACAAGGAGCUCAAUGUAAAAACAAUCAGCUAUACUUGACUUCAACUAUAAUGACAGAUUUGCAUAUAACGAUUUUGAAAUGGAUACGUAUGUCACCAAUGGAGUCCAAAAACAAACUUUCACUGCCAGUUUACUUAAAUAGUACAAGAACAGAACUUUUGUUCACAGUCGAUUUAAAUAUAGCUCCUAGUCAGGAUCCACAUAGCUUUUAUGAAAGAGGAGUCGCUAUAUUAACAUCAACGGCUUUAAAUUGAUUAGAAGAACAAGAAUUUUCUUGUACUUUAUUUACCAAAAAAAUAAAAUUAACAAAU